GCUUUUUGCUCUUUGAGAAAUUUCCUAGAUUCCUAGUAAGCACCUAAACUAGAAGUUCAGUACCUAUAGUGCAUUGUGUAACUUGUACAUUUUAACCGUAUUCUGAACUUUCGAUCCAAAUGGAGAAAGUAGUUGAACAGGUCGAAUUGGUCGAAAGUGUUUCAAGGAAGGAAUUGAAAGAGUUCAGUCCAGUGGAAAUUGAGAAGAAUUCUUCAAUCGUAAGAGGUUUAUUCUUUUAUAGCAAGGCACUUUACCAUUGGAAUCACACUGACUAUGAUACUCCAUAUACUAUGGUCGAAUUAGAGUCAUAUUCCAGCGAAAAAAGUGAUAUCUUGGAGGAUUUCAAGAAAAACUCGUCAGCAAAAGUGCAUAAGAUCAUGAGAGUCCAGAAUCCAUUUCUCCAACUCCAAUACGAGCUCAAACUGAAACAGAAGGAAGAACUUAACACUGGUAUCAAGGAAACUCAGGUCUACCAUGGCACGAAAGAGUGUAAUGUCACGUCCAUUUGCCAGAAAAACUUCGAUUGGCGUAAACUUGGAGCUAGUGGUUAUAGAUCAAGCAAAUUUGGCCAGGGAGUUUCUUUUUCAUCAUCUUCCUCGUAUGCUUCGGAUUAUCCAAGACGCCAUUAUGAUGAUCCAAGAGUAAUGUUUUUGGCGAGUAUAAUGGAGGUGUCCAGAUGCGAAGGUGAUGAUGGUAUGGUAAUACCUCCCUUACCUCACGAUACCUCUGCGGACCUCAUGCAUGAUAAUGUGGUGGUGAAAUAUUUCGAUAAUGAAUUCUAUCCAGCAUAUAUCAUAUAUUAUACUCCCAAAUAGUUCCAGUGAUAUUACUUUAUUUUGGUAAGGAGUUAGAAUUUAUCGGGUGUGUAUAAUUUGCGGACUGGAAUAAAAUAUUGCAGACUGGCUAUUUCCAUCAAACUUUUCGAUGUUUUUAUUGCAUAUCUGGAUUCAGCUCACCGAUAUACACGAUGAGAAGUUUCAGUUUUUUUUCUAU